CCCGCCCGCUUUUCGGACAGGCAUUAACCCGGUCGCCUGCCGGUCCUUCCUCCUUUUCUACGUCGCUGAGCGAGCCUGCCGUCAAGAUGAAUGAGACAGUAACAGUCAGGACACGCAAGUUCAUGACGAACCGACUGCUUCAAAGGAAGCAAAUGGUUGUCGAUGUUUUGCAUCCCGGCAAGGCCACGGUCCCCAAGACGGAAAUCCGGGAGAAGCUUGCCAAGAUGUACAAGACCACCCCUGACGUGGUGUUCGUCUUUGGGUUCAGGACUCAGUUUGGCGGCGGCAAGACAACAGGUUUCGGCAUGGUCUACGACUCCCUAGAUUACGCCAAGAAGAAUGAGCCCAAGCACAGACUGGCCAGGCACGGUCUCUAUGAGAAAAAGAAGACCUCAAGGAAACAGCGCAAGGAACGCAAGAACAGAAUGAAAAAAGUACGAGGUACCAAGAAAACCUCGGUGGGCGCUGCAAGCAAAAAGUGAGCCCAGCCAGCCAGGGAUGGUCUUCUUGCUCAAGAUGUUCUUGUAUAUUGUUCUCAAAUAAAAGUUUGGAGAAAAAGAGA